AGUCAUUCCGUGGAGGGCAGAAAAAGCACAAGGACAGUACUUGGAAAUUCGUCAUAUUGCCAUAUUGAUUGCGCUGUCACUCAUUGCCGUUGUAAACAACCCGAUAAAAGGUCUCCUGCGGAGCAAAAAUCAACAUCAUGGCGAUUGAACAAUCUGCGCUUCAAACGAUCAUCAAUCAUAUCCAUGCCCAAAUACAGUACGAGACAGCACGACGGACUGCGGAACUUCGAAAGCCGUUUGUUUUGGGAAUCUCAGGGCUCCAAGGGAGCGGCAAAUCGACCUGGGCGAACGCCAUAGCACAAGCAUUGCGUCAGCAGAGCAACUUGAAAGUUGUGGUCGUAUCUCUGGACGACUUCUAUCUCGAUCACGACGGUCUGGUCCGCCUUCGCCAGGAGAAUGCGAGCAAUGCCUUGUUGCGCACUCGUGGCCAACCCGGAAGCCACGACGAGAAACUCAUCGAAGAGUUCUUCUUCUCUAUGAAACGCCACGAUCGAGACAUUCGCAUCCCGGCGUUCGACAAAAGCCGCUUCAACGGCGAAGGCGAUCGCGUGCCGCGGGAGCAAUGGGAUGUCAUUCAGGCCGUGCCCCCUGUGGACGUACUUAUCUUUGAGGGCUGGUGCGUCGGCUUCAGCAGCCUUCCAGAGGAGACGGUCAGGUCGAAGUGGGCGGCAAGCAGGAGCAGAAAAUACGCUACGGGAGAGCACGAGGAUGCUGUCCUGUCAACGAACACCCUCGGCGACCACGCUCUCGACCACGUGCUGGCUAUAAAUUCGAACCUCAGACGGUACAACGGCACGUUCAUGCGCCCGUCGAACUUCUCAUACUUGAUCCUGUUAGACACGGACCAGCUGGCCAAUGUGUACCGGUGGCGACUGGAUCAGGAGCACGCGCUGAUAGCGAAGACUGGCUCGGGGAUGAAAGACGACGAGGUCGUCCAAUUCGUACGCGGUUACAUGCCUGCGUACGAACUGUACCUGGAUAAACUGCAGAAGGAAUGCUUUGUGCCUCGUCAGGUGGAAGACGUGUGGAGAAGCACACAACUCAGGGUCACUCUAGAUCGGACGAGGACGGUGAAGGCCAUAGAGGAGAUGUAUUGAUGUCCCACUUUGUAGAUCUUGUGGCUAUCUGUGUCCAAGAAGCGCCUAUGGAAGUAGUUUCGUUCACGAUCAGCAGAUCCCCGUACAAUGGCGGAGGGUCAGGCGAAGCGGAUCGACGUAUCUUAUUCACACGUCACCGCUCUAAAAUCUGAAUGCAUGUUCUACGCCUCCUGUACA